AUGCCAGGUCAGCUGUUUCCCUCUGCUUCCUUUGCUGUGGGACGGCUGUGGCUGUGUGCUCAGGAGGUAGAGCGGUUCGUCCACAAAUCAGAAGGUCUGGACGACUGCUUGCAGCAAUAUGUGUGUGUGUUUGAGCGCGGAGGUGUGUGCGGGGAGAGGCUGCUGAGGAUUAGCCACGCCGAGCUGGAGGAGCUGGGAGUCUCUCGCAUCGGACACCAGGAGCUCAUUCUGGAGGCUGUGGACUUGCUCUGUGCUCUGAACUCAGGUCUGGAGACGGAGAGCGUCAGGACUCUGGCUCACAAACUCGGCGCCUCGGCCAAAAACCUGCAGAACUUCAUUUCCGGCCGCCGUCGCAGCAGCCAAUCGGAGAGCAGGUCCUCGCGGCGGCUCCCCAACGAUCUUCUGACCUCCGUGGUCGACCUCAUCACCGCCGCCAAGAGCCUGCUAGCCUGGCUGGACAGGUCUCCCUUUGCUGCAGUGGCAGACUACUCAGUAACCCGAAAUAAUGUCAUUCAGCUCUGCCUGGAGCUCACCACCAUUGUACAGCAGGACUGUACAGUGUUUGAGACGGAGAACAAAAUCCUUCAUGUGUGCAAAACUCUGUCGGAGGUGUGUGAGCACAUUGUGUGUGUGUCAUCAGACCCGCUGGUAUCUCAGUCAGCCCACCUCGAGCUGGUUCACCUCACCAACAUCAAACCCUCUGAAGGCCUGGGAAUGUACAUCAAGUCGACCUACGAUGGCCUCCAUGUGAUCACAGGAACUACUGAAGGGUCUCCAGCUGACCGUUGUAAGAAGAUCCAUGCGGGAGAUGAAGUCAUUCAAGUCAAUCACCAGACCGUGGUGGGCUGGCAGUUACGUAACCUGGUUGGCUCGCUGAGGGCCGAUAAAGGCGUUGUGUCCCUGACCCUGAAGAAGCGUCCACAGAGCACACUCAGCUCUGCUCCUGCUCUGCUGAAGAACAUGCGCUGGAAACCCCUAGCUCUGCAGCCAACCAGAAGCCCAGGCAGCAGUUCGGCCACACCCUCAGGCACACCCACCAAAAGCUCUGCCCUCCAGGACCUUCACAUCCCCCCUCCACCUGCUGAGCCAUACACACCCAGAGAUGAGACAGGAGCCUUGUCUGGAGAUGAGGCAUCUCGUAACCAUGGUGGCGUCAGCGUUGCUAAGCGAUCUGAGUCACCAAACUCCUUCCUGGAUCAAGAGUCUCGCCGGCGAGAAGAGGAGGAGCCCGUGUACUGUACCACGCCUACAUAUGGCAGGCUGAGGCCCAUCUCCAUGCCUGUGGAGUGUAACUGGGUGGGCGACUAUGAAGAUCCAGCCAAGCUUAACAGAGAAAGCCGCAGAGAAGCGUCACUGAUGCGUUACGUCGGACUGUCCGGCGUGGACGAGAGGACCAGCUCUGAGGACUACUCCUCUCAUACAGCUCGUCCAGGCAAACGGUCCAAUGACACGGCCAAACGGGCCAAGAGGCGGAGCCACCACAGCCAAAGCCCCUCCCACUACGUCCUCCAGACGAAUCAGAGAGAUUCUCCACCGAGAGAUCCCGCCUCCAUUUAUCAUACAUACCAACAGUCCUCCUCUCUGCAGUCAAAGACCAGGAAGAAGAAUAAAGGACGGAGUUUGGCCUCCCUGAGUCGGAGGCGUGUUUCCUGCAAGGCGCUGGGCAGAGGAGACUGCGAGGGCUGGCUGUGGAGAAAGAGAGAUGCAAAGGGUUACUUUUCUCAGAAAUGGAAGAAGUACUGGUUUGUUUUGAAGGACAACUGCCUGUACUGGUACAUCAAUGAGGAGGAUGAGAAGGCAGAGGGUUUUGUCAGUCUUCCAGAGUUUAAGAUCGACCGGGCCAGUGAAUGUCGCAAGAAGUAUGCUUUCAAAGCAUGUCACCCCAAGGUCAAGAGUUUCUACUUUGCAGCAGAUGGAGUGGACGACAUGAACAGAUGGCUGAGUCGUCUUAACAUGGCCGCUGUGGGCUACGCUGAGCGAGAGAGGAUACGCCAGGAGCAGGCAGAUUACUGGAGUGAGAGUGAACAUGAGGAGGACACCACCUCCAGCCCCAAACAGGACAGUCCCCCACCUCCAUACGAUACCUACCCACGGCCUCCAUCAAUGAGUGCCUACUUGGAAGGCCGAACCACUCGACUGUCUUCCACGGAGACGUCUCGUUCUCGCUCCUCCCAGGAAGACUUCCUCUGUAGCGAGCCCCCAGCGGUGGCAGCAGAGCCGCAGUACCACCCUGGUCCGCUAGGGGGAGGCACCACACACAGUGGGAGAAAGCCAGGGGGCAGCAGCAGCAGCGACGUUCAGUACAGAUGUGAUCCUGUAGAGUACCGUUCCAGUCCCGCAGGAGGCAGCAGUGAGACAGGGUCUCCGGGCCGCUCCUCCUCAUCUCAGAGACGAUCCUGGCAGGACCUAAUUGAGACCCCAUUGACUGAGGCUGGACUGCACUACCUACAAACUGGACCAUUAGAGGACGCCGUCUUUGCUGAGCCCGGUCCAGGGGGCGGGACUAUGAUGGCCGGAGCCGUUUACACUCUUCCUGCACAGAGGAAUGUCCCGUUGCCCAUGGCGAUGCAGAGGCUGAUUCCUAUGGCAACACAGGGAGGGAAACCCCGCAGCUUCACACUGCCACGAGACAGCAACCUACACACACUCCUCACGCCCCCUGCGAAAGAAGAACAGCAAACACACAACGGCGGCAGCGAGGGUGCAUCCCUGGGCGACCUGUUUCGGGCAUGCGAGCAGGGCGGAGUGUGUCCUCUCGGCCGCGGGUCGGAGGGGAAAGGUCAGUCAGAGUUCAGGCAGUCCUUCCUCCGACGGGCCGCCGACCCUCAGCUCAAUGAUCGUCUGCACCGCCUCCGCAUACUGACGUCCACGCUGAAGGACAGGGAGGGGGAGCUAGCGCUGAUUGACAGGCUGUUGGCCAAUCCCCAGCUGUCGUCGACAGAGUUCCAGGAGUGGAAAAGAGCCUAUCAGGAGCUGUUCUCUCAGGAGCCAGACUCGACCGCUGAAUCAGACCCCGGCCCGCCCCUCACCCCCUCGCUCUCUCACACACACUCCUACAUCGAGACCCACGUCUGACGAGUAUAACACACGCCCAAACUCACGCACGCACACACACAAAGCUUAAGUUGCUCUCAUCUCCUGGUUCUGGAAAGGGUUGAACUGCAGCGGAGCGUUUUGAUGCAUCAGGGUUGCGAUCAGUGAUGGACUUUGUCAAGAGAGGAGACUAGGGACAACUUGACUUCACAUCCCGAUACGCUUUCAGCAGCCGCAGUGUACAAGUGCAACAUGACAGCUUUCUGAGGAGACGCCUGCGUGGCCCUCUUGUCACAUCAAUCUACAAGCUGAUUGGUUAUGCCUACUCCAGCUGGCUUGAGGGCGGACAAUAAAGAGAUUCUUAAAUAUUACAUGUUUGCUUAUGUGCUCUUUAAAUACUCUUCAUGGAAAACGCCAUAUAUAAAGAAGCAACAAAACGUACCUUGGACAUCGGUUUGCUCCUCCUGACAUGGACAGAGAUCUCAGAAUAGUUCCUUCAUGAGCCGCCAUUAACAAUAUUUCAUCCUGCUUGUUGUGCCAUGUUUAUACUGACUGCACAAUGUCACAUAGACCGCCACGAGUGACAUAUACAUUGUAUCAAGCCUUAUACUUGAUGUCUAUGAUGAUAUUUUCUGUACAGUGAGUGUUACAGCAGAGAACAGUUAGCAGAGGUCUUUUUUAAACUGACUAGUCAUUCAGUUUCUAUCUUGUUUUAGAGACUUUUGUUUGUGCUGGUUUGGUAGAAUUACGUACUGUGCUGGGCUGGACCUGAAGCAUGCACACCUCUGGAAUAGGAUCCACGAGGAAAAGUCCACCCUAAAAACACUUUAACACUGUUUUCAAACAGCCAGUUGAGCCCACGUUGUCGCAUUUUCUUGUUAUUUUUGCCCCAAAACUGAUACGAUGCCAGUUUCCCUGUCAGCUCCCUGUCAUGCUUUGAUUUCAUCUUCACUGUCAGAACACUUUGCCUCCGGCGAUGUCACUGCAAAUCAAAAGUCUUGUCUUAAAAAUAUAAUUGUUGAUACCAUUUAAUUUUACAUUAGACCUCAUUAAUUUAUCUCUAGGCCUAAAAAUUGCUUUUAAAUCAUUUUGACAGAAACAUGGAACAUCUUCAGUUACACUUCAUUAUUAUUUUUUUUAUUAUUGUUUCAUCUUCAUGAAAACCAGCUCAUGUUCAAACAUGAUAUUGUAUAUAUCUUUGAUAACAUUCCCCAAUCUCGUCCAUAAUCGCUGCAAAGAGAUCCAUUCUUAAAUUUCAGUGUAACAGUCAAAAUCCACAGUCCUUGUUCUGUGUAAAAAUACAAAAUGCAAUUUUGUACAAAACAAAUUGUAAUGUAAAAAUACCCUAUUCUGAUUGCAUUAACUCUAAGUUUACUUCAGCAGAACUUCUAAAUGCAACCUACCUUACCUAUCCUCCAAGAAAGAGUCUGUUGUGCUAGAAUUUGCAGCUUUAAGAAUGGAGGAAAUUUGACCUUCCCUGUUGUUUUCGACUGAUCGGGUGUUUGUUUGAUGUGCAGAUUAAAUGAUUUUAUUUUAAAAGGCAGUUUAUUACCAUGUUAGGCAUUGUGAACACAAGAAAUACCUCCAAAGAGGAGACUGGAUUCUUGCUAUUAGCUUUUGGACCUUUUUUCCUUUUCUUUUUGACUUUCAGCAGCCGUAAUGGGCCAUCAUCACUAUAACACCUGCUAUACGGUCACCAUGGCAACUACAAGUGUAUGAGUCAACCACAAGUGGUAAAGUUCGUGAAAGGUUACCGUAGAAAAGUAGACAUAAAAAAGAAAAAAAAUCUCAUUUAAAUCAUAAAAAAAGGGGAAAUCACAAAAAACUCCAGAAACUUUCCAAACAUCACAGAUUGAUUAUAUGUUACAUAACAGUGUAAUAGUUCCUACGGGUGGAUUUUUCCUCAGAGGCUCUGUAUCCUGCAUGCCACGUAGAGAAUAUGAGGAGAUAUUUGCAUAAGAUUUGAAAUAUGGAUCUAAUAAAAAUAUAUUAGUUUGAUAUUUGUAUGCUGCUGGCAAAUGACUUAAUACUCAGAGACACUGCACAAAACUAUGAAAGCAAUCGUACACAUAAAUACACGCACACCGAGACACACACGCCAAUAAACAACAAACAAUAAAUACAGUUUGAAUGCUCUUUUUAUGCUGCUGCCCGUGGUUGGUUGUAGUAGCAUGUCUUUGUUGUAGAUAAACACAAUAUUCCUUUUUCUGUUUUUGUGUUUGAAAUCUCUAGAUACAGUAGAUCUCUCUUUAUAGAGUGCAAACUAAGUGUCUUGGAUGAUGUUCUCUAAUUCUAUCAGGUUUUUUUGGGACAGUUGAGUAAAGAUUGUUUAAUGUUGAAUCUAUAAAUUAUGGUAAAAUAACAGUAUUUAUUUACGUGAUCAUUCUUCGUGUUCUGUUUGGAAGAAGAGGGUGGAUCAAUAAAGUGUGG